GGGGCCCCCCUCCCCCGCCAGGGUCUGCACAAAGGCAGGAGCGCCCUAUGGGGCCCCAAGAUGCACGGGAACUACGGGGGUGGCACGACAGACGUGGGCCCCUGGGAUGGCACUGGGAAGGGUCCAGUCUCUGCGCGCCUUGGGGGGCCUACAGCCGCCCCCUCUUGUGCCCGCGGUCUCGCCGCUUCCGCAUCUGCUCGGCGGCCCCCUCUGCGUCUGGCUGUCUCCCCAUCACUUACGUCUCUCUGCCCCCCUUUGUUCUCGCUUCCCCACACCUCCCCCAAUCCGGUAUUUAAAUCGCCUCCAGGCCAGGGAGUCUCCCCUCCCCUCAUCCCCUCGCGGGCCUCUGGGGACACGCAGUGUCCAUCCCCAGCGGAGGGGCCCUUGUGGGGGAGGGGCGAGGGGGAGGGUCUCCUUUGUUUGAGCAGCAGACUGUGCCGGGGAGGGAGGGGGAGAGCCCGGGUCGUUGUAGCCCCCGAAGGCCUCUAUCAGAAAAGGCCGGAGCCCCGCGGCGCCCACAAAGACGAGCCCGGCCGGCUCAGUUCGGGGAAGCUGCAGGAAUUCGGCGUGGGGGAUGGUAGCAAGUUGACGCUCGUGCCCACGGUGGAAGCUGGCCUUAUGUCCCAAGCCUCGAGGCCGGAGCAGUCCGUUAUGCAAGCUCUGGAAAGUUUGACCGAGACCCAGCCCCCAGCGACACCCGGGCCAGGCCGGGCUGCCGGAGGAGGCUUCCGGAAAUACAGAUUGAUUUUAUUUAAGCGUCCGUGGCACCGACAGGGACCCCAGAGCCCAGAGAGGGGCGGCGAGAGGCCCCAGGUCAGUGACUUUUUGUCAGGCCGCUCACCUCUGACCCUGGCCCUUCGCGUUGGGGAUCACAUGAUGUUUGUACAGUUGCAACUGGCUGCCCAACACGCCCCGCUCCAGCACCGCCAUGUGCUUGCAGCUGCCGCUGCAGCCGCUGCCGCCGCUCGGGGAGAUCCCAGUGUAACUGCCCCAGUGUCCUCACCCUGCAGGCCGGCGUCCAGUGCCGCCAGAGUCCCCCCGGUAUCCAGCAGCCCUUCGCCUGUGUCCCCUUCACCUGUCACCGCUGGCUCCUUUCGAUCCCACGCAGCCUCUGCAGCUUCUACAGCCUGUUCCGAGCAGCAGAUGGACUGUUCCCCACCGGCUAGCAGCAAUGCCACGUCCACCCCAGGCAGCAGCUCUACCCCUCGCUCCCGCAAACCCGGUGCCGUCAUCGAGAGCUUCGUGAAUCAUGCCCCUGGGGUCUUCUCAGGCACCUUCUCUGGCACACUGCAUCCCAACUGCCAAGACAGUAGUGGGCGGCCACGGCGAGACAUUGGCACCAUUCUGCAGAUACUCAAUGACCUCCUAAGUGCCACGCGGCAUUACCAGGGCAUGCCACCCUCCCUGACCCAGCUCCGCUGCCAUGCCCAGUGCUCACCUGCCUCACCAGCCCCCGACCUCACCCCCAAAACUACCUCCUGUGAGAAGCUGGGAGCCACUUCCCCCACCUCCCUGCUCCAGGGCCAGAGCCAGAUCAGAAUGUGCAAACCCCCUGGAGACCGUCUGCGACAGACAGAGAACCGCGCCACACGCUGCAAAGUGGAACGCCUCCAGCUCCUGCUGCAGCAGAAACGCCUGCGGAGGAAGGCGCGGCGGGACGCUCGGGGUCCCUACCACUGGACCCCCAGCCGUAAAGCUGGCCGCAGUGACAGCAGCAGCAGCAGCGGGGGCGGAGGUAGCCCCAGUGAGGCUGGAGGCUUGGGCCUGGACUUCGAGGACUCCGUCUGGAAGCCUGAAGUCAACCCGGACAUCCAGUCCGAGUUUGUAAUGGCUUAAAGGAUCCAGCCCCCUUGGGUCUAUCACAUCUCCACCCCAGACACGGGGCGGGUGGGGCACUGCAGCCUGGACGCUGAGCCCAGCUCUGGGGCAGGAGGUCACCUCCAUUGCCACUCACCAGCCUUUCUGAUUCUUUUUUAACUCUUCCCCUGGUUGCCCUGCAUCCCUGGUCACACGCCCAUCUCUUCCCUCACCAUGGUCGGUUCUGGUGGCCUCUGCGCCAGGGCUCUUCCCUCCCACCUUCUUCAGCUCCAAAUAUGUAGCAGUCUGUUCCCAGAUGCCCAGACGGAGGAAGCCACCCACCCCCAGCCCUUCCGUUCUGCCUAGCUCUUACCCACCCCCCUUCCAUAACCCAAUUCAGGUUUUUAACUCAAAAUGUAGAUUCUCCAAGAAGCACUUUACAGUUGAGGGUUGGGGACCCCAAGAUGAGUAUCUACCACCCCCACCCCCAUCUGCAGACUUGGCCUCCUUUCCAGGCCAGCUGGAUCCCUCCACCCCUUCCACCCCAGCUCACAGGGGAUACCUUUGUCCACAAUGCCUACUUAACUCCCAGCCUUCCUCUUGCCUCUCAGGCCUUCAAGUGCUACAACAACAGGCCUUCACCACUGCCUGGCUGGCCCCGCCCCCACUGUCCCCCCUCCCUCCCCACACCCACUUACUUCCCUAACCUUCCUUUCCCAGUGGAGCUUGGGGAGCUAUUUAUAGAUUUCAUUUCUGACUGAGCCAGUAGUGCUUGCUGUUCUCUAGGGAAGAAAAAAACUGGGGUAGGUGGUGGAGGGGGUCCAGAGAGACACCCCUGUACCUCUUGUCCCCGAGCCCACCUGCACCCAGGAAUGGGCAGUGGGUGCUGAGCUGUGAGUGCAUCAACCCCCUCCCCCACAGAGGGAGGGCGAGCUGCUGCCCCAAGUUGGCCUUACUGAUCAUGGGCGACUACCCUCCCCUCAACUGGGGCUUUUCAACAAGGGUAAUCUUGUGGGUAUUUUUUGUUUCCUCCACAUUUUUAAAUUUUGUGCUAAUGGGAUGUGUGCCCGCCCCCAACAUCUGUCAAUUUUGUCUAGGCUCCACCUGUCCUCAACUCCUUUGUUCUGUCUGUGAAGCCUGGUGUUUGCCUCAGUCUCCACCCCCACCCCCGUGUGUUUAACCUUAAUGGUUGGGAUGUGAACAGUGUUGGCCGUAGAUGUAAAGUUUUUUUGUGAAGGGUGGGUGGGGAGGGGAUUGAUUCCAGAGGGUAGAGGCCAAGAAUUUGGUUUAUUUUUUUCAAUCUUCUUUCCAAAAAGAAAAGGGAGGGGGAUACAUGGGUGCAUUUUUUUAAGCUGUCUUGGAUAUCUAUUUAAAUGUGUGUGUUUUUUGGUUUUUUAUGAUUUUUUUUAACUGCCUGUGAUGUGUCCCCUGAGCUGAGGGUGGAGGCCUCAGGCAGGAGCCUAGCCCACCCAUAGUUCCCUCUUUCCGCUGACGGACUUUCCCCCAGAUAGCAUUAGCCACCCUCGGGGAGAAAAUCCGGCUGUGGGGAUCCACCUCGCCCAAGUCUCCUUUUAUUGAAAUGAAAUUUGGGGGGGGGGGAGAAACCUUACACGAGCACCUAAUUUCAAAUAAACGGAAACGAGACGUGAA